AUGGCUGCCUCCACCAUCGCCACCUCCUCUAUUGGCUCCUUUACCUCCACGGCUGUCGUCGCCACCGUCCCCAUCAUCGCCACCUCCUUCGUCACCUCCGCCUUCGCCAUCCCCACCGCCUCAACUACCGCCAUCCUCUCCGUCGGAUCCGGUGGUAGUCGACUGAUCCCUCUCGCUCCUCUUCCCGCUUGUACGCGAAACGAUACUGUUGGGAGAAGAAACCCCCACUUCCUCCUUGCAAUCGGCCGUUGCAACGGCCGGUAG